GCGUACGCGGGAUCUUCCGGGACCUCUCUGAAACCCGCUGCAUGAUGAGAUUAAUUGACCGUCCAGCCUGAAAUUUGCUUUAUAAAUAAACACCCGGAACAAUGGCGCUCACGCCUCUCGUUUACUGGGCUCAACGCCAUGACGACAUUUACCUGCGUGUGGAGCUAACGGACGCUCAGAACAUCAAGGUCCAUUUACACGAAAAAGUGCUUCACUUUAAAGCACAGGGCCAUGGUGCCAAAGGACAAAAUGAAUACGAGUUCAGUUUGGAGUUUCUUUUACCAGUAAAGGCAGAGGUGAGCCACAGGUCCACGCAGCGCCAGGUGAAUAUUACUUUGCGGAAAGAGCAGCGAGGUUGGUGGGAAAGACUGACGCUGCAGGAUCGCAAACCACUCUUCGUGGUGCCGGACUUUGAUCGCUGGCUGGACGAGUCCGAUGCUGAGAUGGAGAUCCGGGAAAAGGAGGACAAAAAGAAGGGGCUGAAGACGUCGAGGCAUGAAGAGAAAGGGUUUGUCAGCCCGAAAAGAGGACUUUUGUUUGUAUAUAAUCUGGUUCAGUUUCUCGGCUUUUCGUGGAUCUUUGUCAACAUGACGGUGCGGCUCUUAAUUUUUGGCCGAGAUUCUCUGUACGACACAUUUUACACCAUAUCGGACGUGAUGUUCUUCUGCCAGAUCCUGGCAGCGGUGGAGGUCCUCAACGCUGCGUUUGGUUUUGUCCGAGCAGGUGUUACUUCAACUCUUAUACAGGUGGUUGGAAGGAAUUUCAUCCUCUUCAUCAUUGUUGGUAGCGUGGAAGAAAUGCACCACCAACCAGUUGUGUUCUUCGUUUUCUAUCUGUGGAGUGCCAUUGAGAUUUUUAGGUAUCCAUUUUACAUGCUCGGCUGCUUCAAUACAGAGUGGAAAACCCUCACAUGGCUGCGGUACACGAUCUGGAUACCACUUUACCCAUUAGGUGUCCUGGCUGAAGCUGUUGCUGUGAUCCAAUCCAUUCCCAUCUUUGACAAGACGAAACUGUUCAGCAUUCCUCUGCCAAAAGCCAUCGGCACCUCGGUCAGCUUCUCUUACGUCCUGUACGUCUAUCUGGUCCUCAUGCUUCUGGGACUCUUUAUCAACUUCCGCCAUCUUUACAAGCAAAGGACCAGGCGUUUCCGUACCAAAAAGAGGAAGGCAAAUUAGGAACAACAAACGUAACACCUCUACUGCCUGCUCAUUUCUGGAGAACAUGAUACUCGUAAACCAUGAGGCAGUUAGAGCAGUCCUAGUGAUUUACUGUGGUCUCAAAAAUAAUUUAAUUUGAUCUAUAUAAACGUUCAGCACAUGAGAUGUAUUGGUUUUUGCAGUGGUAUUGAUGCUGUUAUUUGAUGUCCAGUAAUUAGUUUAUGAAUAACUCCCAAAUACUGUAAUUGUUAACUUUUUUUAACUGGCCAACUUCAGAAAAAACUAUUUUUUCUUUGAUCACACUUCUGCUCAGUAAUAUCCUGC